UGGGUGUCGGUUUCGGGAAUUGAAAGUAACUCCAGCGAAGGCAAAGGAAUUCGUCUAAGAGCAUGGACUCCUGGUGGAGUGGGUGUAUGUCUGCGCCGGCCUCCACUUCUUCCAUAUGCCAUCAGACGACGCGGCGCUCGACUUCUUUAUCUCAGGGAGUAUUCCGGCCUCUCCGCCAAUGCCAAAUUUGCACAGUACUCUCCUUCUUGACGUAG